UAUUAGGAGAAGACUCAUUAAGUACUAGAGGGAGGGAGGACGUUGCAGCAGUAUUAUAUAUCAGAGCCAUUAGUUUUUAUUCAUGCAAAGAAGAAGAUUCUGUUAGCAAUGGACUAUGGGAUAAUACAUUUCAAAACUAUCAGCCCCAACUAGAACAACUACUACAGCAACAAAAAAAAAAAAAAAAAACCCUUCUUUUGUCUCUGAAAUCUCUCUAUAAUUGACAACUUGCUAAUCCUUUUAAUUGGUUCUUUUAGGCUUCUCUUGCUACUCAAAUAUGUUGAACACAACAAGUGCCAGAAAUAGCCUUCUUUUUACUGCAACUCAAUGGCAUGAGCUUGAACACCAAGCUCUCAUUUACAAAUACAUGGUCUCUGGUGUCCCUGUCCCGCCGGAACUCCUCUAUUCUGUCAAAAGAAGCUUGGAAUCUUCUUUGGCAUCAAGACUCUUUCCUCAUCAACCUACUGGGUGGGUUUGUUUUCAGGCGGGUGUUGGCAGAAAAGCAGACCCAGAGCCAGGAAGGUGCAGAAGAACGGAUGGAAAGAAAUGGAGGUGCUCAAAAGAAGUAUACCCAGACUCCAAGUACUGUGAGCGGCACAUGCACAGAGGCAGGAAUCGUUCAAGAAAGCCUGUGGAACUUGCAUCAACUACUACAACAGCAGCGGCUGCAGCAAUUCCCUUAACAUCAAUCAACAGAAACCUCUAUAACAACACUGUUUCGCCCUCCAGUUCCUCCUAUUCUUUCUCUAACCUUCCUUCAUCUAUGGAAUCUGAAAUUUAUGCCCAUCAAGAUUCUAGCCGCAGCACCUUCCUUUAUCCUCAUUCUUCAUCUUCUGGUCCUCCAGCUGGUUCUUGUUUUUCACCUCAAAACAGCACCACUCAUAACCUGUUUUUGGACUGUGGAUCUUCUCCUCAUGCUGAUAAAGAGUAUAGGUAUUCUCAUGGAAUAAGGGAGUAUGUGGACGAGAGAGCUUUCUUCCCAGAUGCUUUAGGGAGUGCAAGAGGGGUACAAGAUUCAUACAAUCAAUUGACAAUGAGUUCCUACAAAGGUUACUCGCAGUCACAGUUUCAAAGCUUUGCUAAUACUUCUAAAGAAGAGCAGCAACAACCAGGGCACCAUUGCUUUGUUUUGGGCACUGAUAUUAUCAAGUCAUCAGCUACAAGGUCAACCAAGUUGGAGAAAGAACCUGAAACCCAGAUGCCAUUGCACCAUUUCUUUGGUGAGUGGGAACCGAGGGAUGCAGACUCUGGGCUUGAUCUUGCAUCCAGUUCAAGACCUCACGACAAUGAUGAUUGAAGUCUUCAAUAAUGGAUCUUUGUAAUCUAGCCAAAACAGUACUUGCUAGUGGUCAAUGACUUUCCUGCAUCAGAUGCCGAAAUUAUGGCCAGGGGAGUUCUUUUGACACUGAAGAUGAAAUAAUGUAGGGCCACUAGAGGAUUCCUGUCUUUCGCAUCUUUGAUCAUUAUUUUUCUCUUCCCCAUCCAAGAAACAUGUUUGGAAUUUGUAGACUUGCUUGUUUGACUGGAAGCAAGUGUGUGCGCUUUAGGCUCCGCGGCAGUAGAGUUAGAAGCUAGCAAUGAUGUCUCUC